AUGCCGGAAGUCGACUACGACUGCGUCGUAGUGGGAUCCGGCCACGCUGGGAGCUGCGCGGCGUAUGCAGCCGUGGAGUCCGGCUGCAAAAACGUCCUGAUCGUCGACAAGUGCCCGCCGGAGUGGGUAGGCGGAAACGGAUAUUUCACGGCGGGCGCGCAUCGAACCGUUCACGGCGGCCUACAUGAUUUGCUCCCCAUAGUCCGAGGGGUGUCCCCGGAGCAGGCACAGAAGAUCGAUAUGGAUCCGUACACCGUCGAGGACUUCACGAGAGACAUCAUGCGACUCGGAGAUUGGAGAUCUGAUCCUAUCCUCGUCAAAACGAUGGUCGAGGGAUCGAGGGAUGCGGUGGGUUGGCUGGCGGAGAAAAUUCAAGUUCCGUAUGUUUUCUCGUUUAAUCGCCAGGCGUAUGAGGUCGAUGGCAGACAUGUGUUUUGGGGCGGUAUGGUGUUAGCCACAGAAGACGGCGGGAAAGGCUUGAUAGCAGCCCAUCGGCAGGCCCUCCAACGCAUCGGCGUCCAAACGUGGUUCAAUUGCCCUGCCACCAAAUUGAUCGUGAAGGAGGGGAAGAUUGAAGGCCUUGAAGUGAAGAAGGAAGGCCAGAAAGUACGCUUGAGAACCACAGCAGUCGUGUUGGCAUGCGGAGGGUAUGAAUCGAGUGCCGAUCUUCGCAGGAAACACCUUGGUCCAGGAUGGGCAAAAGCGAAGGUACGAGGGACACCGUACAAUACGGGUGAUGGAUUUAAGCUCGCCGAAGAUGUCGGCGCAAGGUUGGCCGGCGACUGGCAAGGAUGUCACAGCACGACAUGGGAUGCGAACGCACCAUCAGAUGCGGGAGAUCGCACAGUAACAAAUCAGUUUACCAAAUCCGGGUACCCACUCGGCAUCAUGGUAAACGCAAGAGGAUUGAGGUUCGUCGACGAGGGAGAGGACUUCCGCAACUACACCUAUGCUAAGUUCGGGCGCGCGAUUCUGGAGCAAGAGGACGGGUACGCCUUCCAGAUCUACGAUGCGAGGGUCACUCCGUGGCUCCGCAAGGAAGAAUACGGGGACGACGUCGUGGAAAAGAUCCAUGCCGACAACUUGGACGAGUUGGCUGAUAAGCUGGUAGAGAUGGGAAUGAAGGAUCGUGAGCGAUUCGUACAAACAGUCGUCGAGUACAACGAUGCGGUAGGUCACCAUCAGGAAGAGAAACCUGACGAAAAGUGGGACCCAGCCAUCAAGGACGGGCUCUCCACCCAAUCCACCCAGGCCAAGCUGAAUCCACCCAAGUCGAACUGGGCGCUUCCGCUGGACUCGGCGCCUUUCGUGGCCGUCAAGGUGUGCGGCGCGAUCACCUUCACCUUCGGUGGGCUCGCCAUAGAUCCGGACACGGCGAAUGUGCUCUCGCGCGAUGGCACGCCGAUCCCGGGGCUGUUCGCCACGGGUGAGGCCGUCGGCGGGCUGUUCUUCGGCAAUUACCCCGGCGGGAGCGGGUUGACGGCCGGCGCGGUGUUCGCACGGAAGGCCGGUCUGGAAGCUGCGAAGUUGUCUGGACGUCAGUGA